UCACUCCAAUUACUCCAAUACUGGACUAGAAAUACUUACAAGCUCUGUGCACUCCUGUGCAUUGUCUUGGAUGAAUGACCAGAAUGUCACAGAAGAAGAAAGUGUGUCUGUCUCAUUCCUGCCUGAAAAUAUCUAAAACAACUUCUAUCAUGAAUGCCUGCUCUGUUAUGUUGUUGUUAACACAACUGACUCCCAAUAAUAUUCUUGAGAAAGAGAUGUCUAAAAACACUGCAUGCUAUAGGGUCAACUCACAAGAACUUGACCAAAAAAGGCCAAAAACACGAUUGUACUGCACUGCACACAUUUCAUUUGUUAUGUGCAAUCACAUCUGUCACUGUUUCCAAAACACCCACCACCACCUAUUCUGAAAUUGGAUGUCAGGAGAUUUGCAAAGGCAAGGUGGAAACAUUGUUUACUUCAGAGAUACAAUGAAAAGAACCGAGACACAUCCCAGACCAACAGCAGGUUGCCUCUCAGUGCCGUUAUUUAACCAGAGGCAGAAACGCAGCAGAUUGCCCCUGACAUCAAAUCCCACAGAAAAUGAACUCUGUUCUGCAAUUGACUUUAAUGAUGACUUUGCUGAUUCCUCCUUCUUAUCAGGCAACAUGGCAUAUACACAGAGCCAUGCACAGAGUCAGAGCCAAAGGCCUCCAGUGCCUGUUGCACCGAGAAGUCAGUGGAACCAUCAGCCUCAGCAGCUCAGUAACCAACCUGCUCGGUACCCUGGAACACCUGUGAGGGGAUAUGCACCUGUUCCUCACCCUCACAAACCUGCCAACACCUGGUCUCAGCACAGUGCUCCAGGCAGGCAGGAGACUGCGAUGCCCUUUAAACAAGGACAGAGCGGUUCUUCCUACGGCCGAGGAAUUGUGCACCACAGCCAAGUAAACAUGCAGUCCAAACCUAAACCUCCUAACCACCAGCCACACAGUGUACUUGGCAGGCAGGAGACUUUUGUGCCCACUAACCAAAGACAGACUGGCACUGCCUACGGCCAAGGGAAUGUGCACCACAGCCAAGUAAACAUGCAGUCCAAACCUAAACCUCUGAACCACCAGCAGCUCACAGUGCAGCAGUCUCUGAGCAGACAGACCCAUGGCUCUGGGGGUGUAAGGCAGGGUGGGGUCUCAUUUAGUGGCCCACGUUUCCCCCCUGCUGCACCUGAACCUCAGAAACAAGCCCCACAGUGGAAGUUCAAGUCAUCAUCCCAAUGUGGACCGACAAAAAAAGUCAUGAUAGGAUUUAAUGCCACACAGCCUACCUUGUCACAGCAAGGGGAAAUGAGGCCAAAGUCACAGCAGCAGAAGUCUCCAGUAUUGCAGAUGAAAUCUGUGAGUGAAAAGACUCUCCGUAUACUUACUGUUGUCAUCGAGGGCAUGAGACAUUGGAGUCAAUUCAAGAACAAAGCUCCAAUGUUAUUUGAGCUUUUUGCGACUCUGGACUCAGCAGUCACGGAUGGGAAGUACAGCGCCAAGCAUUUUCUCAUGCGGACAGGGAGAGAUGUUGUGUCCUGUGUUUUCUUUGAAAAUGACCACGAACUUCCAAAGAUUUUCAGAGGCUUGGUGCACCGUUGCAUGGGAAAUUAUGAUCAGCAGAGUGACACCUUCACCUGCGUGUCAGUCAGGCUGGCCUCCCGCUACGAGCAGAAGAAUUCCCAGGAGGCUAUUAGGGCAUCGGACGAAGAAAUGAGGCAGGUGGUCCAGUCUCUUAGUGAAAUAUGAGCCGCAGCAGACACAGUCUGACUGUAACACCAUACCCAGAUGUGUGUCUAUACAGAAACACACAACGUGCACUUAGAGGCUCUAAAUUCUGGCUAUCAGGGACCACAUGGUUUGUUCCUCACAUUACACAAUGUUCAGUGUAAAAUUCUAUUUUUAUUUAUUCCCUGAAAAAUAAGGUUAACUUGUUUUGUUGCUGCUGCAAUAAGUUCCUUUGUUAUACCAGACAUUUAUUUAUUAAACCCUUGACAUGACUGUAAA